GGCUCCACGAGUUUUAUAGCACCGAGUCGUGUUUUGUAAGACGGCAUGAAUUGAUCAGUGACGAGUAAAUACUCGCGGUUUUCGUCUCGGGUUGCAGCUGAAAUUGUACGCGUAAGGACGUUUGUAAUGUGUAUGCUAUUUGUGCGGUGUCAUUCGUAGUACGAGGAUAACCUGUAGGCGAAUAUACGAGAAAAGGAAAGUGUAUCUGCUAUAGCAAGCUGCCACGAUAUCAACAUUCGAUACUCCUGAAUAAAUAAUGAACAACUUUAUCCCACUUCCGAUAAAAAAAUGGUUAAUGUGAAACACGUCGGACGUCCAAUAGCUACCUUAAGUUGUCUAUAAUGAAGAAAACUUUACCGCACCGGAGGAGUUUAGUUGGAGAGGAGUUGUAAUUUAAAGUUUUGUUGAAAUGGAGUAAGAUGUCUACAAGGGAAGUGGAACUAACUGGUGGAGCGCCGUGGGGCUUCCGGAUGCACGGUGGCGUCGAUCAGAACCAACCACUCAGAAUAUCGAGAGUGAACCCUGGUCGGAAGGCGUCUUUGAGCGGGAUCCGCGAGGGUGACGUCAUCACAUCGAUCAACGGGAGGGCAACGAAGGACAUGAGCAAUGCUGAUGCUCAUGCCAUGCUCAGAUCUGCUGGACCAGCUCUGCGAUUAGGGUUAAACGAAGAUAGAGAGAUGUCACCGCGAAGAAGGUCUAUUGGAAAAGCUGCCGAGUUGAAAAGGCCUUCGCAACUGAUAUCUGAAAUAAAUAACGGAAGAGCAACGCCACAAGCGCCUGUUUACGCAACAAUAAAACCACAACAAUUGUCGCUGAACAAACUUUUGCAAUCCCCGAACAAAUCACUCCACUCCCCUCAGUCAAGUUUUAACUCCGUACCUCUUGUAAAAUCGGUUGCAUCAUCAGAAGAAGUACCAAAAUUUCAUCCCACAAAUCCGUUUUAUUCAACAUUACCAUCGAAUUAUAGUACUUCCAAACUUCCUAUUCCAAAUGGAAAAGUUUCAAACUCUCCAGUGCAUAGUAGAUCCGUAAACAGAUCAGAUACCUAUUCGGAUAAUAAUAAUGAUCACGAUUUAAAAUUAUCGUCAUUUUUCUCACGAAAAUUUGACUCUGGUACUAAUAGCAUACCGAAUAUGUUUGACGAUUCACAAACAAAGAAUUCACAUAUAUCGCCAAAGUAUUCAUCAAAUGAUAAAUAUAAUACAAUUUCUAAUAGUCAAAGUAAAUCUUCAGGAUUUAGAAUCAUUGACGAUAUUACAAACAAUGAUAGGAAUCCUUUUCAGUCCUGUAGAAAUACAGACUUUCACCAAUUUGAACAAUCCAACGAUAAUUUAAACAGUACAUCAGCUAUGGGUGGAAAAUCAUUGUUUUAUUCGAAAAGUGAUGGAGAUUUUCAAUCUAAUGAAAAAAUUACUAAAAAUUCGACGAUAACGGAGAAGAAAAUCUGUGAAGUUGAAGAAAUUAAAACAACGAAAAAAAUUAUUCUUAAUGGAUCUAAUGAAAAUAACCAUAAUCACAAAAAUGGUAUAUUAAAAUCCUCAGACGAACUUUCGAGAUACAAACAUAAACAAAACCGAUCGCUAUCACAUGAUUGUGUUAUAAAAGAAAAUCUGACUCCAACUACGAUAGAAAAUGACGAGUUUUAUAGAAAUAAAAUAGAACUUGGAAGAUCUAAACAAGAAUAUCAUCGUUCAUCGUCAGCGCGAGAAGAAUAUAAUCAGGCGAAGUGCAACCGGUCGACAUAGUCACAUCAAGACCUCCAGCAAAGUCACCGAGUUCUUCACACAUCACGACACAGGCCA